AUGUUUACAAUUGAAGAUAGAAAACAAUAUGGGCGUGAUAUACCAGAAAGAUUUUAUGGAAUAGCUGAUGAGUGCUUUGAAAAUUGUAGUGAGCUUAUGAAAAUCAAUAUUCCAAAUAAUAUUGAAUGGAUAGGAGAGAAUUGUUUUAAAGAAUGUACAAGAUUAAGGAUAAUUAAUAUCCCAACAUCAGUCAGUGAGAUAGGGAGUGGAUGUUUCAGUGGAUGUUCAUCAUUAACAAGUAUUGAUAUACCAACAACAAUUAGUAAGAUAGAACCAAACUGUUUUUAUGAAUGUACAUCAUUAACAACAAUUAAUAUACCAGUAAGUGUUAAUGAAAUAGGAAGUGGAUGUUUUGAAUUUUGUUCAUCAUUGAUAUCAAUCAAUAUCCCAACAUCUGUUAGUAAACUACGAGGUAGUUGUUUUUCAGGAUGUAUAUCAUUAACAACAAUUAAUAUACCAACAACAGUUAAUAAAAUAGGUAAGUGGUGUUUUAAUGGAUGUUCAUCAUUAAAAUCAAUUACUAUACCAACAACUAUUAGUAAGAUAGGAUGGAACUGUUUUUAUGAAUGUUCGUCAUUAAUAAGUAUUGACAUUUCAACAAGUGUUAAUGAAAUAGGAGAUAGUUGUUUUUCAGGAUGUUCAUCAUUAACAUCAAUUAGUCUACCAACAACUAUUAGUAAAUUAGAAGAUAAUUUUUUUGAGGAUUGUUCAUCGUUAACAACAAUUAAUAUACCAACGAGUGUUAAUGAAAUAGGAAAUAAUUGUUUUUCAGGAUGUGUAUCAUUAACUGGGUUAAUUAUUCCAACAAGUGUUAGUAAAAUAGGAGAUGAAUGUUUUUCUGGAUGUAUAUCAUUAACAUCAAUCAGAAUACCAACAACAGUUAAUGAAAUAAAAAAUAAUUGGUUUAAUGAAUGUACAGGAUUAAAAAUUGUUGAAUUAACCAUUGAUGUUGAUAAAAUACAAAAUACUAUAUUUGAAGGAUGUAAAGCAUUAAUAUCAGUUACUAUUCCUACAAGUGUUAAAGAAUUAAGAGAAGGAUGUUUCAAGAAUUGUAAAACAAUAAAAUCAAUUACAAUACCAACAACAGUUAAAAAAAUUGGUGAUAAAUGUUUUAAAGGAUGUUUAUUACUAAAAACAGUUGUUAUACCAACAACAAUUGGUAAAUUAGGAUAUAAAUUUUUUAAGGGAUGUAUAUCAUUAACUAAUGUCAAUAUUCCAGCGUCAGUUAGUAAAAUAGGAGAUGAAUGUUUUUGUGGAUGUACAUCACUAGCAUCAAUUAAUAUACCAAGAUCAGUUAUUGAAAUAGGAUCUAAAUGUUUUUGUGGAUGUUUUGAGUUAAAUAUAAUUAAUAUUCCAAUAUCCAUAAGUGAAAUAAGAGAUAAUUGUUUUGAAGGAUGUUCAUCAUUAACAAGUAUUGAUAUACCAGUAACAACUAGUAAAAUAGGAUAUAAUUGUUUUGAAGGAUGUUCAUCAUUAAUAAGUAUUGAUAUACCAACAAGUGUUAUUGAAAUAGGAAAUGGAUGUUUUUAUGGAUGUAUAUCAUUAACAUCAAUUAAUAUACCAACAUCAGUUAAUGAAAUAGGUAGUGGUUGUUUUGAAGGAUGUUCAUCAUUAACUUAUAUUAAUAUACCAACAAGUGUUACUGAAAUAGGUAGUGAGUGUUUUGAAGGAUGUGUAUCAUUGAAAUAUAUGAAUAUAGAAAAAGUAAAAUAUGUAAGUGAAGAAAGAAUAUUUUUUAAUGAACCAGUGUUAAGAAGUAUUGAAACACCAAAAAACCUACAAAUAGUCAAUGGAAAGAAUAUUGAAAAGAAAGAUAUUAAUCAAUUUAUUAUUCCAGCAUCAAUUAAAGAAUUAGGGAAUAAAUGUUUCAAUUACUGUGAAUUAUUAGAAUCAAUCAUCAUACCAACAACAAUAAGUGAAAUAGGAGAUGAAUGUUUUGAAGGAUGUUCAAUGUUGACAUUUGUAUAUAUCCCAUCAUCAGUUAAGAAAAUAGGAAGUUAUUGUUUUGCAUGUUGUUAUGAGUUAACAACCGUAAAUAUUUUAACAUAUGAUAUUGAAAUUGGAAAUGAAUGUUUUUAUGAAUGUCCAGAGAAGUUAAAAAAGAAUAAGGUAUUAAGAGAAAUUUAUUAUAAGGAUGACUGUGUGAUUGUUUAA